AACAUCGCUGAUAAAAACAGUUGAAUUAAAUUUUUUUAUAGUGUGACGUCAUUAGUAUCAAUCCGCGUGUGUCUUUGACGGAAGUAGUUCCCGGUAGGUUUGGCGGAUCACCUUGAGCUCGCGUUCCGGAGCGCAUCAGUCUCGGCCGACUUUCAGCAAACGCAGGAUAAUACCCGUCUCUUCCAAGAUGCCCCACAUUAAAGCUCAGGACAUGGGCUCUGCCUUUAUCCAGACGCAGCAGCUCAAUGCUGCCAUGGCCGACACCUUCCUGGAGCACAUGUGUCUGCUAGACAUCGACUCUGAGCCCACCAUUGCCCGCAACACUGGAAUCAUCUGCACCAUCGGGCCGGCCUCUCGCUCUGUGGAUAUGCUGAAGGAGAUGAUCAAGUCUGGCAUGAACAUCGCUCGCAUGAACUUCUCUCACGGCUCACACGAGUAUCACGGUGAAACCAUUAAGAAUGUACGUGAAGCCUGUGCCAGCUUCGAGCCGGGCAGCAUCCAGUACAGGCCAGUGGGCAUCGCUCUGGACACCAAGGGACCGGAAAUCCGUACCGGACUCAUUAAAGGAAGCGGCACGGCUGAGGUCGAGCUGAAGAAGGGAAAUAAGAUCAAAGUGACCUUAGACGAUGCAUACAUGGAGAAGUGUGAUGAGGACACGCUCUGGCUGGACUACAAGAACAUCACCAAGGUGGUUGAAGUGGGCAGCAAGGUCUAUAUUGAUGAUGGACUCAUUUCUCUUCAGGUCCUGGAGAUCGGCUCUGACUAUCUGAUGUGUGAAAUUGAGAACGGAGGAAGUCUGGGUAGUAAGAAGGGCGUCAAUCUGCCGGGCGCCGCGGUCGAUCUGCCCGCCGUGUCGGAGAAAGACAUCAAGGAUCUGCAGUUCGGCGUGGAGAUGGGAGUCGACAUGAUCUUUGCCUCCUUCAUUCGCAAAGCAGCUGAUGUGCACGAGGUGCGUAAGGUGCUGGGAGAGAAGGGCAAGAACAUCAAGAUCAUCAGCAAGCUGGAAAACCACGAGGGUGUGCGCAGGUUUGAUGAGAUCAUGGAGGCUAGUGAUGGCAUAAUGGUCGCCCGUGGAGAUCUGGGUAUUGAAAUUCCCACAGAAAAGGUGUUCCUGGCUCAGAAGAUGAUGAUUGGUCGUUGCAACAAAGCAGGAAAGCCAAUCAUCUGUGCCACACAGAUGCUGGAGAGCAUGAUCAAGAAGCCUCGCCCUACACGUGCUGAGGGCAGCGAUGUGGCCAACGCUGUUCUUGAUGGUGCUGACUGCAUCAUGCUGAGUGGAGAGACCGCAAAGGGAGACUAUCCUUUGGAGGCCGUACGCACCCAGCACAUGAUCGCUCGCGAGGCAGAGGCGGCCAUGUUCCACCGGCAGGUGUUUGAGGACCUGCGUCGCUGUUUGCCCCCCUCCACCGAUCCCGCCGAGGCCAUCGCCAUUGGCGCCGUGGAGGCCUCCUUUAAAAUCCUGGCCUCUGCGUUUAUAGUCCUCACUGGGUCCGGAAGGUCCGCUCAUCUGAUCUCCCGGUACCGCCCACGCGCCCCAAUUAUCGCCGUGACACGUAACGAGCAGACGGCCCGACAGGCUCAUCUGUACCGCGGUAUCUUCCCCGUGUUCUACAACAAACCUUCCAACGAUGUGUGGGCUGAGGACGUGGACCUGAGGGUCAAUUUUGCCAUGGAAGUCGGUAAGGUUCGUGGAUUCUUCAAGACCGGUGAUGUGGUGAUCGUCCUGACCGGCUGGCGUCCAGGUUCCGGUUACACCAACACCAUGCGCGUCGUCCCAGUGCAGUAAGCUGGACGGGACCGUAGCGCACUCCUCUGCUGUUCAUACGUCACUCAUUCCCUCCCUUCCCUCCAUCCCUCCCGACUCCAGCAGGCUUUCAGACCGGUGACCUGAUGUUGUCGUCAUCAUCAUCAUCAUCAUCAUCAUCAUCAUCAUCAUGAUGAGCCUGGCUCCUCCCACAGGCCAGUGGUCCGUCAUCACUUAGACGUUUUGUUCUCUGAUUGGAUGUUCUCACUACUUUCAUUUCCUUUUCAGUCUCAAGCAUAAUCUCACACUCAUGUAUCCAGAGCUAUCUGUGUGCUCGUCUGUCUGCAUGCCCGGUGAAGCGCAGACGGGUCGUGAGCGUCUAUUAAACACCUUUGCCCUCGAACAAACGAGCGCGAGCGUGCGGCGAAGGGCUCACGCGUACCGUAACUCGUUAGUUUUAUUUGUAGUGUUAGUCUGUCUGGCGUGUGCUUUAUUUGCACUGUUUUUGUGUUCACACUCCUAAUGAUGUUACAUUCUGUGUUGCACUUAUCCAUGAGACCGUUUGAUUUGGGGCGAGGCGACCAAUGUGCUAUAUAUUUUUUGAAAUGUUAACGUUGGGUCGUCCACGUCCGGCUCAUUUCAUUGUAAUGUAGUGGUAAACGGCAGUUUAUUCUGAGAGAUGAAUAGCGAUUGAGCAGCAUCGGUCACAUUCCCAGCAUUCAUCUCUCCUGUUCAUCCCCUUACGACGCACUUGUUUGUCUCUGCUGCUCCUGAAUGUGUGUGUGUGAGUAAAAGAGAGUGAGCGUGUCUGAGUGUUUAGAUCUACCUGCUUUGUGUCACUAGGGUGCAAGAUGUACUUAUAACUGUAAGAGUAAUCUAUAGUAUCAUUCUGAAGUGUUGUAUUAUUCAAGACUGAAUUAAUAAAGGGAGAUGAGCAUCUG